CCUGUUUUUCCCUUUUACGUAAGUUGUUCCAAACAUGUUUGUAACAACCCCCCGGUGAUGCCUUUGGCAAAAGUGGUUUUGGGUCCAAAGAUCAGUGCUGGGACAAGCGACCUGCCGCGGCAAACAAGAGCCCGCAGAAUGGAGGCCAACAUGAACCUCCUGCACGAUGUGGGCAUCCAGGCGACACGCUGGCUGCAGGACCACUUCCAGGGUUCCCAGGACUGGUUUCUCUUCAUCUCCUUCGCUGCCGACCUCAGGAACGCUUUCUUUGUCCUCUUCCCUAUCUGGUUCCACGCCAACGAGUCGGUGGGCGUCAGGCUCAUCUGGGUGGCCGUGAUCGGCGACUGGCUCAACCUCGUCUUCAAGUGGAUCCUCUUUGGGGAGAGACCGUACUGGUGGGUCCAUGAGACGGACUAUUAUGGCAACACCUCCGCCCCAGAGAUCCAGCAGUUCCCGCUCACCUGUGAGACCGGCCCCG